CUCAUCCCUAGUCUAAUUGCAGUCAGGGUUGGUGCUGGUGCUUCUAGCAGGCUCUAUAGGCUUCACUGGAUUCCUUCGAGCCACGCCUAUGAACAAGACGCACUCAGGGUUCAAAUUCAAACGCAAUGGAAGAUGAAACUAGAAUCUGGGCAGUUCCGAUUGCAGAAAGCUUUGUUGGACAAGCAACUUCUUCAGGUUUUGCAUAGAAAGACUGAAGAAGCAUCUGUGGCUACUAAACAGCUGAGGCGGCGCUUAGAAUCUUGCAAGGCUUUGUUGCUAAAAAGAGGUGGCAAAAAUGGGAAUAAUACAGCAACUCAGCUGAUGCAGGAAAUUGACCAUGAGGCUGAAGUCACAGAGCAGUUGAAUGAGCUAUGUGCUGUAUAUGAACGUCAAAUAGAAGAGAUGGCUAAGGAGGCUGAAAAGCUUAAAGAUGAAGUAGACGCACUGCAACAAGAAAAGUCAAGGUGCUCAUUCCAGGAGAAAGAGGUUGACAGCUUCGAGAAGGAUUUAGAUAUAACAGAACUGUCUGACCUGAAGGCUCAAGUAGUCAGCGUCAGUAGUAUGGUUGAACAAUUAAGAUUGCACAAGGCUGAGCUUGAUCAUGGGAAGUCGCAGGACGUUAGGAGUCAGCAUACUGCAUCUGUUGGGAGUAGUUACAAUUUAGUGGAGGACAUCAGUCCAUCUGCAUAAGAAAAUUCCACAGUUGUAACAUCUAAAACUGCAUCUCCAGUUUGGUGCUCAUAUAGUAAGAAUUCCUUGUGCAAGACGAUGAAAUGCAAAUGUCGAUCCAAGGGUGGAAGCUGUGGUGCCUCAUGUGGCUGUGCAGCAUUAAGUGCAGCAAGAGUCCCAAUCAAGUCGAGUGACUCGCCACUAUCCGAGAUUUCUAAUGGCGUUCUGAAUAGUUCAAACACCGGUGAAACAGUGAAGAGUAGCAUAGAGGCUUCUGAAGGUGCAAUGCUACUUCAGAGUACACCAGUUCAGAAGGCUGCUGAAACAGAAGGGAAUUUUGGAGCAAGAAAGAAACCGUUGACUGAAAUUGGGAACAUAUUGGUGAGUACAAAUGCUGCAAAACCUGGCCCACAAAAAAAGGGAGAAAGCCAGCGAUUCAGCUUGUUACUGUAGACCCAAUUUCCUCAGUGCCAGUAAAUAUGGAAGGCCUAAAGGAAGCAGAAGGAAAUGGCAAAUAAAAUUAGGUUGGUCCUUUGCGAGUAAAUGUCCCUUUUGGGUAGUGAAUUGAUUGAGAAAGUAUUCACACAAUGUUGUAGAAUGAACAUAAAUUAACAGAGAGAGGGAGGGAGUUUAGAUGCAGAGAAUGGAGUAGAUUGUGUGUUAUUCUUCUCUCAAAGGAGGGUUUAUAUAGGAGUACAAGAUAGUGCGAAUGCUAUAGGAAUAAGUCCAUUGUUGUGGCUACAUUAAUUACAGCUGCAACUCCCCAUGGUGACUGCAAUGGUGGUUGCUGCCAUGUUUGUUGCUUCCCCACAUGCUUUAUGCCACACAAGUCUUCAUACCUAUAUCUAUACACUCAAGUAUCUAUUUACA